AAGGCAUUGAACUCACAAGAUUAGAAAUUGUCAGGUGACAAUGCAGGUUGGCUUUUCCAACUGGGGCCAUUUUUUGCUGGCUUUCAGCAUCAUCCCUAAAAACUACCAGCACGUCCUGGCCUUUCUGUUUGCCAUUCAUGAGAUCAACAAGGACAACAAGCUGUUGCCAAAUACCACACUGGGAUCUGCUGUGGCUGGUGAUUUUUUCAGUGCAUGGAGAGCUUGUAAGGCCACCCUCAAACUGCUUUUCAAAUCACGAGGGAAUUCGUUGAACUACUACUGUGAGAAGGGAGCAAGUCUCCUGGCCGUCAUCGGUGCCUUAACCUCCCCCAGCUCCAUCCAGAUGGCCAACGUCUUAAGCACCUACAAAGUGCCACAGCUUUCCUAUGGCUCUUUUGACCCUGUGUUGAGUGACCAAACCCAGUUCCCCUUUUUCUUCCGGAUGAUUCCGAAUGAAGAACCUCACAAAACAGAGAGCCAUGAGGACUAG